UAGAACAUCCAUUUUCCCAAAGAAAAAACGCAGAUUACAGGUAUCAAAGCAACACACACGCACGAUAAAGCUUUUCCUGAGAAGAAUUGCAAUGUUUUACUUGGUGAAAAGUGAUUAAACGGCUUUAGCGUACGGUAAAACGUUCAGCCCGCGUUUAGAUUGUGAGGUAACGGUAGCAAACGCUUGAUUCGCAGCUAACACCGGCCCCACGGUGCAUCGCUUUACGGGCGACAACUGCUGGAUUCGCGACAGAGGACACUUGUGAAAAACGUUGUAAAUAAUGGUCUCCAACAAGGCACAGACAAGCGAAGGUAACAAACGUGUCGGUAAUCAGAUGGCAAAUCGACCGCGGUUCAAACCGGCCAUGGCCAAGCAGUACAAUCCGAUGAGCAAUAUGCGGAACAUGAACGCUAUGUUCAACGCCAAUCAGCUCGGCGACGAUCCCGGUUUUGUGGACUUCAACGAUGAUUCGAUCACCGCCGCACCGAACGGCACGGGUGGCCCAAAUGCAGCAGGGGCGGCCACCUCCAACGGGCUGGAGGGUGGGGGAAUCAAAAACGGUCCCUUCGCAAACGGCAAUCGACGGAUGAAUCCGCCGAUGAAGCGUCCCAUGAAGAACGGCGGUAUGCCAGGCAUGCGGAAUCGCAUGAACGGGGGAGCCAAUGGAAUGCCCAGCUGGGGCCCCCCGAUGCCGCCGCCAAACAUGUUCCCCGGUCCACCGGCGGCCGGACGUCGCGGGCCCAUGAAUCCACCGCCGAUACCGCCCCCUGUGCCACCGGCUCAUUUCCGCAGCGGUCCGGGUAUGCGUAUGCGAGGCCCACAAAAUGGAAGAUUUGGUGCGGGUGGUCCGCCCGGGCCGAUGUCGCUAAUGAACCGACCGCUACCUCCUCCGAUUCCACCGAUGGCCGGCCGACCGAUGCCCCCACCGAUGGGGCGUAUGAUGCCGCCGCCACUACGCCACGGCGGCCUAGAUGGGCCGAUGCGUCGCAACAUGAACGGCGGUGGCAUGCAUGCACGGGGCAUGGGUGGAAAGAUGGGACCGUUUCCACGCAACGGUAUGCCACCCGGCGGUGGAACGGGAGUGGGUCCGAACGGUAAACGCGCCAGGCCGAAACCGACCCAGCCACCGAACAGAGAAGAGUAUCCGCUGGAUAAGCCAUGGGUAACCGAGGAAAUUAAAGCCGAACAUGAUAAGAAGGCUGAUCUGGCGAACCGGUUGAAAGGGCACAGAGAUGAUGAGCUUUUCGCACAAUUUAAGGUGCAGCGGGAUAAGUUCGUUAAAAUGUACGAAGCAGCUCGGCUUGAAUACAUUGGCAAGCAUCCGGAACAGGACGUAGAUAAAAUCUUGACCGCGCCUGCCUGUAAAAAGGCACGUACCGAAAAUGUAGAAAAAUCAAACGCGCCCACAGUGUCCACAGAUAGUACUGCUAAAACAGAGGGACCUACUAGCAGCACUUCUACCACUGAUCCCACAGACCCACUGGCCAAGAGUGACACAAACGGUAGUGGUUCUUCCGCUACUAUCGACAGUUGCACUUCUAAUACAACAAAUGCAUCUUCUGCUACUGCUACCACAGCUUCUUCUGACACCAAUGAUACCACUGAAUCGGCAGCAGCAGAACCGCAAGCCAGUCCGGUUGCUGCUCCAGGCGAAAAAAGCGCAAUCGUUUAGUAUGACGGUGGUGUGGUGUAAUCCUUAUGGUAAAGCGUAGAUGAAACUUAACGAUCCGUUUUUGCGAUUGAUGAAGAAAGCAAGUAUAAUCCUGUAGAUCGACAGAGAGGAAAAGAGUAAAAAACAAUUAUUGAACUUUUAGCAUUUUCUGUCCUGAAUGAAACGAAUGAAAAGGAUAAGAUCGUAGGCCGGGAGUAUAGAGAGAUACCUUGAACACAUGUAAAGCAACACAGAGCAGAGUUUGUGUUUGAUGAUCGUUGCACAAUGUUUUUUAACCGUUAGACUGACAGCCAAACCCGAAACCAAGUAUGAACACAACAAUAACUAUAUAAAGACCCAUCAUUGCGAAGACAAGCUAUUUGUGCCGUGAUCAUUAGCGCUGUACUCAUCGGCAUCAGAUCAGCAGAGUUCAUCUUUGUAUUGUACUGUUACACGCGUUGGCAUAUUCAGCACACUAUAGCAGAUAUAACAUUAGUCAUGAUGCAGGAACCAAUAGAAUAAUUUCCCUGGUAUGCAGCAACAAUUAUAACCUAGAGAAGAAUAGAUCCCACCAAAUGUCUAAACAUUUACAGAAGCCGCAGACGGCCUCGUAGCAUCACUCUGCCACAAUAGCUAGCUUCAGUCAAAUGAACGUCAGACGCACGCAAGAUAAUCGAAUACUGUUACAAAGAUGUAUCCUUAUGACAAUUGCCAAGUAAUACGAAUUUUAAAACGAGCGAAAGCACUCCGCGUUGAUCUCCUUCCUGUCAUCAGCGCAGAGUAGUAGUACAGGUGCAAUGAUUGAUUGAAAUGGAAUUGGAACUGUAACUAUGAAGAAUAUCAUCAUCUAUAAACAUUACCGAACGGUACAUGUCAUCACACAACUCCCUAACUUUGUAAUGGUUUGUAGCAAAAAUAAAUAUAAAAAAUACUACUUAGAUUAUCAGAACCAUUACACCGUGCACGCUAUUGUCGUGAGUCAGAAUUAGGCAGGCGAUAGGCGGUAUUGUAUCGUUUUAGCAAAAUUUAAUGUACGUACGCGUAACGUAUCAUCAAACACCCCGUUAGCCAAUAUGAAAAGAAAAUCAAGGUACAGGACCCGAUGUUGUACUCGACUGAACUGGAAACAUAAACUCUGUAGCUCUGUUGUCCAUGUAGUAUGCCUGGGAUCCUAUAGUUUGUUAAUGCAUAAUAGCAAGUACUGUACGGAAACAUGCAUUUGAUUUGAACGCUCCCUGGACAUGCGCUAAACCCCAUUUCAGAAAGGCAAACAAUCAAUACAAUGUAAUAGCAUGAGAACGCUAGAGCAUGCGAGUAUUUAAAAUAUAACAAUGGUAAUUUAAAAUUAGAACGAUGUAACGAUUUAUUCGAUGGCUUUCUUUACGAUAUUAGUUUACCGCGCAACUGAUCGUAUAUGAGUAGUUUCGAUGGUCUCAUUGGUUUGGAAGUAGAAUGGCAUGCACGGUUAUGUGAAAUGUUGGUGGGCAGCUAGACAUUUUGCUUAGUUCAAAUUAGGGAGCGUGUACGUUGGCAUUUCGUGGAUCAAUAUAUUUUAAAUUAUUCUGUCUUCUGCUGUUAA